AGGUCUCGUUUCUUUUUUUAUGCUCUCAAAGAGUGUGCUGAAACGAUAUUUGAAGAAUACCAGUGUUGUAUUGAAAAAAUUAAAUUCAGUCUUAAAAAUGGCGUUGAGUUCUUCAGUGUCUCCUUCAAAUGUUACUGACAAGGAAUCUAUCUAUGAAAAGGCUGAAGCAUAUUGGUCUCAAGUAUCAUGUGAUGUGGACGGAAUGCUUGGUGGUUUUGCGAAACUUCAUCUGCCAGAUAUAGUGGACUCUAAGAAGUUUUUGCGGAUACUGCGAAACAAAAAGAAACUUCUGAAUUUUGAACGAGCUAUCGAUUGUGGUUGUGGGAUUGGUCGUGUGACUAAAUAUCUUCUUCUACCUCAAUUCGAAAGCGUUGACAUGGUGGACAUAAUAGAUUCCUUCAUAGAAAGUUCAUCGUCUUACAUUGGAGAAGAAGAUAAACGAGUAAGGCAGAAAUUUGUUUGCGGUCUACAGGAUUUCGAACCGGAAGAGAAUUAUUACGACAUGAUUUGGAUACAGUGGGUUACUGGGCAUUUGACUGAUGAAGACUUAGUAUCAUUUUUGAAACGGUGCCAGAAUGGUCUGCGAGAAGGCGGAUGCAUUGUUCUAAAAGAAAAUGUUACUUCAUCUGACACAUACCACUUUGAUACUGAAGACAACAGCUGGACACGCCCGAGAAAUCGUAUACUCGAGUUGAUCAAAGAAGCUGGUUUAACAUUGCUUUGUGAUAGGAAACAAACAAAUUUCCCACAAGGAAUGCUUUCUGUUUAUAUGUUUGCUCUCAGAUAACC